AUGCUAGACAUCCAGCGGGGAUCUCGACUACGCGUGGCUUCCCUCGAGGCGGCCAGCGAGCAGUGCGCGAGCACGAAGAAACGAAUCGAAGCGCCGCAAUUGUUCGGCAAAGGGCCAAAAUUCAGCCCCAGCCACUGGGUUGCGACGGUCAACGCGUGUGGGAAAGGCAGGCAAUGGCAACGGGCGCUGUCGCUUCUCAAGGAUGUGGUGGAUGCGAGGCUGCAGGCUGACGUAAUCAUGUAUAACACUUUGAUCAGCGCGUGCGGCAAAGGCGAAGAGUGGCAGCAUGCUCUGUCGCUCCUCUUUGAAAUUCGCGAGGCGGAAUUGGAGCCUGACGUCGUCAGUUACAAUGCUGGUAUCAGCGCUUGUGAGAAAUGCGGGGAGUGGCUGCAGGCACUGGCGUUGCUCAACAAGCUGUGGGUAGCGAAGCUGCAUCCCAGCGCCAUCAGCUACAACGCUGGGAUCAGCGCCUGCGAGAAAGGGGGGCAGUGGCAGCACGCUCUCGCGUUGUUCGGCGAGAUGAGGCGCGCGAGGCUGGGGCCCGACGUAUUCAGCUACAGCGCGGGCAUCACCGCGUGUGGCCAGGGCGAGGAGUGGAAGCAGGCUCUGUCGCUUCUCGGCGAGAUGCGGGAGGCGAGGCUGGAGCCCAACGUCACCUUCAGCUACAAUGCUGCGAUCAGCGCGUGCGUGAAAGGCGAGCAGUGGAUGCAGGCUCUUACUUUGCUCAGCGAGAUGCGAGAGGCGAGAUUGACUCCCGACGUCAUUAGCUACGGUGCUGGAAUCAGCGCGUGCGAGAAGGGUGAAAAGUGGCAGCGGGUUUUUUCUCUGCUAAGCGAGAUGGUGGAUGCGAAAUUGCUACCCGACGUCUUUUGCUACAGCGCUGGGGUCAGCGCGUGUGAGAAAACCGAGCAGUGGCAGCAGGCUCUGUCAUUGCUCUUCCAGAUUCACGAGGCGAGGUUGAAGCCCGACGUCGUCAGCUACAACGCUGGGAUAAGCGCGUGCCAGAAGGCCGGGCAGUGGCAGGAGGCUUUGUGUCUGUUGUUUGACAUGUGGGAGGCGAAGCCGCAGCCUGAUGUCAUUUCAGCUACAACGCCGGGAUGA